GGUCGAUCCAUCGAUGUGAAUAUGAUUAUGAAGGAUGAACUUGCGUGUGAAGUUUAAUGAAACUUGUUGGAAUAAAAGCAUGUAAGAGCAAUAAUUUCCUGAUAUUAAGAAGCCAGUCCGUAAAAAGUAGGUGCCGGGAAAAUUCUGGUUUGGUCUUGGCCAAGGAAGUGUCGAUAUUUUGAGGUGUUGGUGUGAUGGGCGUGUGCACAGAAUGGCUGAGCCCGAGGCAGGAACGCAAAAGAUGAAAAGCGAGGAGACUAGUUCAGACAUGUCAGAGAGUCAUGUCAAGGUGAUGGGAAUGGAGCUAGCACCUCUCCAUAUCCCCCUCCAUCGACGUCUUGAAACUCUCGCCGUCUUACAGUGGGAGCUGACAUUCCUCUUGCUAGGCGUCGUCGUUGUCUUGGCGUCAAUCUUCUUCCUCUUCACACAGUACUACCCUGUGGUUCUCCUGGCUUAUCUCUGGGUUUACUACGAUCGCGAGACGCCGCGUAGAGGCGGACGUCGCUACGAGUGGAUCCGACGCUGGCGGGUCUGGGUCCACAUGAGGAAUUUCUUCCCGAUUCACCUGAUCAAAACGGCCGAUUUGGAUCCGGGCAAGAACCACUUGCUUGGGUUUCAUCCGCACGGGAUCAUGAGCAUGGGGGCUUUCGUCAACUUUGGCACGGAGGCUAACGGGUUCGCUGAGAAGUUUCCGGCAAUCAAGCCGUUCGUCCUGACCCUGACAGGAUGGUUCAAGUUACCCUUGGCGAGAGAAUACAUUAUGAUGGGCGGAGGAUGCGAUGUGAGCAGGGAGAGUCUUGAUUGGUUGCUAGGGCAAUCUGGCCCCGGCAACGCUGUCGUCAUCGUGGUGGGCGGGGCCACUGAGUCGCUGGAGGCCCAACCUCAUAGAUACGUGGUUUACUUGAACAGACGGAAGGGGUUCAUCAGAAAAGCUCUUCAACAUGGUGCUAGUCUGGUGCCGGUGUACUCCUUUGGGGAAACUGAUGUCUACGUGCAGCUUCCCAACCCACAGGGUUCAUUCUUGAGGAAACUCCAAACCAGACUGACCAAAGCGAUUGGGUUCGCUCCGCCGAUAUUCCACGGCCGUGGAAUCUUCAACUACUCCAUGGGACUGUUGCCCUACAGGAAACCCAUAUACACCGUGGUUGGUAAGCCGAUUCCCCUUGAGAAGAACCCGAGCCCGACCCAAGAAGAGAUCGACAAAAUUCAUGCGGAAUACGUCGCAUCCUUGGUGGCGCUGUUCGAUGAGCACAAGACCAAAUAUGGCAUCGAGGAGAAGGAAACGCUGAACGUGAUAUAGAGAGUGAGACCAACCAACAGUCGGAGACAAACAGCGGUUGUGGUAGGCUUGACUCUUUAACCUUUAAAGCCAAGAACCAGGAACGAAACGGAAACCAACGGAAACCGAGACGCUGUACGAUUUAAAUAAUUAACCCGAUGAAUAAAAAGAAAAACUCUGUGCAUUUAAUUAGUAUAACAGAAUCAUAGUUACAAAUCACAACCAUUGAAAUCCUAAGAUAUUUAUAUCAUGUGAAGUAAAAAAUAAUAUUCUGAAAUAAUGUUUGUAUUUGAGUGAUUUAAAGAAGUGAUACAGAUUUUUUUUGUUAUACAUAUUCUAAAAUAUUAGCAGCGUAGUUAAAACGAAGAAUAUAAGUUGUGUGUAUAUGUACAUGUACUAAAUCCCAUGCAUGCCUAGUUGGAAGAUCAUUGUGCCAAGCUUUGUAGCAAUUAUUUUUCAUCACAGAACCAUCUACUGCAAAUAAUAUUUUAUAACAAAUUAACUUUAAAUAUGAAAGAAAAUAACUUUAAAUCAUAUUAUAUUUGCAAAUAAUUACAAUUUGGUUUUUUUUUAAGUGCAAAGUAUUAAUUUAUCAAUUUCUUAUCGUUGAUUCAAA